UAUUAGAUGAGAGACAUUGACCGGGACUUGGGAAGACCUGCAGUUCUGGAAACCCGGAAUCUCUGUCCACUCAAAAAGCCUUGCGGUGAUGCAACCACCUCGCCGUAUACAAAGGUUGCAUCCGAACGGUACCACCCACCAUCUUCCCCAGGCGUAGGUUUUCCAUGGUCCUUACUCAGAAGUUGGCUUAACUUGCACAUACCCCUCAUUUCAGCAAUGGUACAAUGAUGGGACGAAUACUUGACACCAAAGUAACUGCUAUACAGUUCGUGCUGCUAGCAGUUGGCCUCGGAACUAGCACCGAUGCCACCGCUACUCUCUGUUGCGGAAGCCUGGCCGAGGCAGGUUUAACGAGCCGGCUGCUGUACCCAGAAUCGACUCGCUACAAUGGAAGACAAGAAACUUUCUUCUCUCUCCACGAGGACCUAAGCCCCUGGUGUAUCUUACAACCCCAAACCACUGAAGAGGUAUCUACAGCAGUGAAAACUCUUGGAGCAACAGAACCCUGCCAAUUCGCCAUCCGAAGUGGCGGCCAUCAUCAUGCCAAAGCGUCCAACAACAUCCACCAGGGCGUCACCAUCGACCUGGGCAACAUGAACUCGGUGAAGUACCACGCCGAAAACAGCACCACCUCGGUCGAGCCCGGGGCGCAAUGGGGCGACAUUUAUGGUAAGCUCGAUCCGAUGGGCCUUACGGUAGCAGGCGGCCGCGACGCCAGUGUCGGUGUAGCUGGGCUCGUCCUCGGCGGCGGAAAUAGCUUCUAUUCUGCGCUCAGGGGUAUGGUGUGCGAUGGGGUGCGACGGUUUGAAGUCGUGCUGGCGAAUGGGGAUGUGGUUCUGGCUAAUAAAGACAUCAACUCGGAUCUCUUCCAAGUCUUGAAAGGGGGAGGUAACAAUUUUGGGAUUGUUACUCGCUUGGACGUCGAUACGUUCGAGACGGGGAAGCUCUGGGGAGGGCUGGUUUACUAUCCUCUUGAUGCUACAGCCGAUAUCAUUGAUGCGUUUGUCAAUUUUGCAGAUAAAAUUGAUGAGAACCCUGCUAGCUCGAGCGUUAUCUUUUGGAUGUACCAGCCAGCGGCGAAGGGUACAAUACUUGGUGCAUCAUUCGCCAAUAUCGGCGGGGUAGUUAUGGAUGAGCCACAUCGGGACUUUUGGGCAAUCCAGAAUAUCUCAUCAUCCAUGCGAACGACAACUAUCACUGAUUUAACCGAGGAGUUGAUCUUGCCGGGGGAAGUUUACACGAACGUCGAAUUCACCCUAACGAUUAAAAGUGACGGCCGCGCUAUAAAGAAAGUCCUAGACCUCCACGACCAAGCUGUAGAGGAAAUGAAGACCUUAUCCGACGACUUCGUCUCUGCAGUCAUGUUCCAACCAAUUGCGCUCUCAUACGCCGCUGGGGGUGUCGCCAGGGGCGGUAAUGUGCUGGGAAUUGACAGAUUCGCCGAAACGCAAGUCUUGUGCAUACUCUGGUUACAAGUCCGACCGGAGUUGGUCCGCGUUGCAGAACAGAUAAUGGGUUCCUGGUAUCAAGCUGGCCAUGAUUACGCGGUUUCCAUUGACCAGGAAAGUGAUUGGAUCUAUCUGGGUUAUGCGUAUGCCAGCCAGGAUCCGUUCGCUGGGUAUGGGAGGGAGAAUAUGGGUAAGAUUUCUGCCGCGGCGAAGAAGUACGAUCCUACGGGUGUCUUCCAGUCUCGCGUACCCGGAGGGUUCAAAAUCUCAAAGUCGUAUUCUGGGUUCUACGAGGAUCAGAAUGUGAUGAAUGAAAGGGAUGAACUUUGAAUUUGAUUGGAUGCCAGGUCAGAAAGUCUAUUAUACUCUUCAGAAGAAAAUGUAGGCGAAGGCGUUCGGGAAGCCGAGCCUGGACCACAUCGAAUAAGGGUUUAUGGUUACAAUGUUGGAUCGGGAUACUUGAUAGCAGGUUUAUCAUAACCUGGAGGCCUCAGUUGGCACGAGUCCAGAUAGUGUACGUACCUGAGCAAUGCCGCUUUUAAAUUGAGCCACGUGCUGUUACCCUAAAUCAUCUCUCAG